AGGUUGUCCUUUUAGACACAGUGACCCUGAAUUGUUAAAGCAGAAGUUACAAUCUUUCAAAGUUUCGUCUACAGGGAUAACUCAAAUAUUGGACCUUGUUAAAGGAAUGCAUUACCAGCUGGCAUGCCAGAAAUAUUUUGAGCUGACACACAAUGUGGAUGAUUGUGGCUUUUCACUGAACCAUCCAAAUCAAUACUUCAUAGAAAGUCAGAAGCUCCUUACUGGUGGUCAGGAGAUCAAGAAAGAGCAAGCAUCUGUGGAUAGCUCGCAAGCAACCCCUCCAAGUCAGAUAACUUCCAGUUCAUCAAGUGCACCCGUGAGCACACAGUCUGAGGAAAUGGAAGAUCUAGAACAGAUUUUUAAUGAAUAUUAAGCUACUGAUGUGUUCAUGCGUUACUUCUGGGCUUCCAUUCCUUAGUAUUG